GUCUCUUCUCUCGCGAGGAAGGACGCCAUUACCGAAAUCCCUACAAAACAACACGAGAAUUCAUCAUUCACACGGCUUGAAUGAUGUCUGAGCAGGAUCUGGUGGAGAUAGUCCAGAUUGCUGUGGCAGACUUAAAUCAUGAGGAAAAUGAUGCAGAUGUUCUGGAGAACCAUGACGAUGCUGAUAAGCCUGAACGGAAGCGAGCGAGGAUGGAAAGCAGUAACCAGGACGUGACUCUCAAAGCAAUGCUAAUGUCCAUCAGCCAGGCGAUUUGCCAGAGGCUGGACAACAUGGAGGCAAAGCUGCAGGUGCUGGAGGCAACAUGUCGGGCCUUGGAGGAGAAGUUUGACACUAUGAUGGGGAAAAACCCAGGGGCUAUUCAGGUGCCAAUGGUGGCUGGAUCACCUUUCGGUGCUACCCAGACAUGUGACAAAGUUCGCUGCGUGGUGCCUCAGACCAACGUGGUCAUGAGCAGUGAACGUCCUAAACCAGGCCAGGAAGAGCCUCUUCCUCGCGCCACAGACUCGCUGGAAAAUCUUCUCAGCAAUGAAUCAGUAACAACUGAAUAUUUGGCUGACAGUACGGUGGGCAGAGGGAAACAAAAAACAAUCGUCUUAAAGGUGCCGGGGCCAGAAGAAAGUCAAGAAGACCAGGAGAGCGGAUCAGAAGCCAGCGACUCUGUGUCCAAUAGUGGCCAAUCAGCACAGAACGCCAACAACGUCACACUCAUCACCCUUAACUCAGAAGAAGACUACCCUGCAGGAACAUGGCUCGGGGAUGAAAAUAACCCCGAGAUGCGUGUGCGCUGCCCCGUGUCUCAAGCCGACAUGCUGCACAUCAGCAGUAACUGUCGCACGCCGGAGAAGAUGGCGCUCACACUGCUGGACUACCUGUUUCACCGUGAGGUGCAGGCCGUCUCUAACCUGUCUGGCCAGGGCAAGCACGGCAAGAAGCAGCUGGACCCACUCAUGAUCUACGGCAUCCGCUGUCAUCUGUUCCACAAGUUUGGCAUCAAUGAAUCAGACUGGUACCGUAUCAAACAGAGUAUUGACUCCAAGUGUCGCACAGCAUGGAGACGGAAACAGCGUGGCCAGAGCCUGGCGGUCAAGAGCUUCUCCCGCAGGGUACCAGCUGCUCGCACUGGCUCAGAGGGGGUCUCAGUAACAGAAGCAGCAUCUUUGGAGAGCUCCACGCAGCAGGCCCUCCAGUACGCCCUGGCUGGUACAGCCCAACAGGUCCAGAUCCACCGCAUCGGAGAAGAUGGACAAGUGCAAGUAAUCCCACAGGGGCACCUCCAUAUAGCUCAGGUACCACAGGGAGAGCAGGUGCAGAUCACACAGGACAGCGAGGGUAACCUUCAGAUCCACCAGGUGCAUGUUGGGCAGGAUGGACAGAUGGAUGUGAUAUGUAGCGGUUCGUGUGGAAGGGUGGAGCACAGAAGACGGCAGGACAGAGAUCAGGUUUUGAGAGGGACUCAGCUCAUCGCAGUGGCCUCUGCUGAUGGGACGGGGACGGUCGAGGCAUCUCCUCUGCAGGCCAAUGAUAUCCAAGUUCAGUAUGUCCAGCUGGGCCCUGUGACUGACCACGCCGGAACUGUACAAGCCGAGGCACUAGGCUCUACGCUGCAGGCGGAGAUGGAGGUGAAGGAGGCAAUACAGAUUCAGCAAGGGGCGAAUGGAGAAGUGGUCCAGAUCCAGAUGCCUGUCAACACAGUGGGCACCUGAGACACCAGCUCAUGCACUCUCUCUCUCUCUCUCUCUCAAACACAAGACUCCUCCGCAUACACAGAUGCAUCGUUGCAAUUCUGCAGCAGCAGCACUCGAGAUUCAGAGAGAGUGAUAAAGACUGAUGUGUGUGGAUGUUCUAACUCAAAAUUUGAGGCACAACCAUGGGAGAGAGUCUUAGUUUAAACAAAUCAUAUAAUUCCUUUUGGGUUGACCAGUCUAUUGGCAAUCUCCUGACAAUCACAGACUGUGAAAGCCAGUCAGCUUAUUAAUACAAAAGCAAUGUUGGCUCUAGUGCAGGCUUGUUAAGGCUGCAUGUGAUACAGGCUGUGGCCCAGCUGAGUACAGGAUAAAGGAGCCCCACCACAUACACAUGCAGGUGCGCAUCUGUGCUCCAUCACGGCAGCAGCUUCACUGUGCAAAAUGAGUUUAUUUAACUACAGUUUAGAGGAAUCCGUCUAGCUGUUAGGUUUUCAAAUUCAGCUAAUCAUCUCCCAGUUAUAAAAAAGAGCCUACCUUGUAAAAACUUGAAGUUGGCAAAUGAAGGAGUCUUUGCUUUGCAUGCUUGCUACAAGGUCUGGUUUCCUAAUCAGCUAAUGCAUCUACUGCAUAUCUCUUAUCAUACUGAUUUGUUUGAAAAUAAUAAGUGAAUUAUUUUUUUUUCCAUUUCAUUUGUUUGCUGUCGUUGUUUGGCUUUCAGCUGGGUUUCACAGUGAUUAACCCUUUAAAGUGGAUUGUAGUUUUCUGAUACCUGAUGGUAACAGAUGUAUUAAACAGAAAUAUUUAUGGUGCUUUAUUAGCAGACAUUUGCUCCAUACUGUAGAUAGGAAACAUGAAUUUGUAUUUGACAGUGAUAAUGAUCAAACCUAUGUACAUACAAUGUGUUGCCUAAGUAUUAACCCCCUCCCCAUACUUUUCCACAUUUUGUUCUGGAACUGAAAUGGAUUCCAUUGGGAUUAUGUGUCAUGUAUUUGAGUUCUGGUGCAAGGAGUUUCCGCCAUAAGUCACAUAAUUAGUUGAAUGGAAUCCAACUGUGUACAAUUAACAUAUCACAUGAUUUCAAUAUAAAUAAACCUGUAAUGGGGGGCGUCGUGGCUCAGUCGACUAAGGCGCCAUACCAUAAAUCCGGGGACCCGGGUUCGAUUCUGACCCGAGGUCAUUUCCCGAUCCCUCCCCGUCUCUCUCCAGCUCAUUUCCUGUCUCUGCACUGUCCUAUCCAAUAAAGGUGAAAAAAAGCCCCCAAAAAAAUCUUUAAAAAAUAAACCUGUAAUGUAUCUGGAAGGCCCCAGAGUUUGGUAGAGAACAUAUCUAACCAAACAGCAGUCCAGGAUAUAUAGCUCCAUCUUUGAACAUCUAGUCCAGCAUUAAAUUAAAUCCGUUUUUAAAGCAUGGUCAUGAUAUGGAACAUCUGAAACUCUGUCUUGAGGAAGCUAUCCACCAAAUGUCAGUCACCAAGUAAGGACACCAUUAGAAGCAAGAGAAGCAAACAAAAGUCUAAAAGACAACUCUAAAUGUGAUGUUAUCACCACCUUGCUUCAAUAUGUGAAUAGUCUCAGAGUGAUAAGCAAUUUUGGAUUUCCACCACUUGUAGGACUUUGUGCCAAGGUCUAAUUCUUCAGUUGAACUCAACAGAACAAAGAACCACAUGCUUGCUGAGUCUCCAUCAAGCUUUGUUUUGCACUGUAGAGAAUACACUGUUGUACAUUGUGUAUAUGACUUGUUCAAAAGGGAAUAAACGAAUGCCAUUGCCACAUAUUCGUACUGCAUAUGUUUUGGUUCUGAGUGUCAGCAGUAGCUGGGAUACAGAAUUCAAUAGAGAAUAAAAAAUAAAAAAACUUUCUAAACAUUA